UCUAUUUUAGUCAUCUGAACUAAACAAACCAAUCACACAGCCUCAUUUUCUAGUUCUGUUGUAUAUAAAGUAUAUUGUAUGUUGGCACUUUUUGCAGGAGAAACACUUCGCACGGAACCUAGCCACAACGUACAUGUAGACAAAUGUGAGCUCAACUAUCUGGACUGGUCUUGUAGGUACCAGACUGAGUUAAACCAAAGACACUACAGUGCUAUCAUGUUUCUGAAUGACGACUUUACAGGAGGACAGUUCUUCUUUGCGUACAGAGGAAAUCAUACUGCGCAGCUGACUGUGCAGCCCAAGUGCGGCAGACUAGUAGCGUUUUCCUCCGGCCAAGAGAACCCUCACGGUGUGAAGGCCGUGUUGCAGGGCAGGCGGUGUGUGCUAGCCUUUGGUACACGCUGGACGAACGAUACGAGGAGCUAUCCCACCACGAGGCAAGGCAACUGGUCGAAUCCUUACUGAAUCACGAGGGACACGAGAACAACGAAACAAUGACUGAUGAACUGUAGUUCUUUUAUGAAUAUUUGGAAUUUGUGGGCAGUGUGUCCUCGCCACGUGGUACAAGGUAGACAAAAAUACAAAGAGCUUCCCCAACACAAGGCUAGGGAACUGGUCGACUCCUUACUGAAGUCUGAGGGAUACGAGAACAACGAAACAAUGACUGAUGAACUGUAGUUCUUUUAUGAAUAUUUGGAAUUUGUGGGCGCUGUGUCCUUGCCAUGUGGUACAUGGUGGACAAACAAUUCGAAGAGCUGCCCCACCACGAGGCUAGGGAACUAGUCGACUCCUUACUGAAGUUUGAAGGACACGAGAGCAACGAAACAAUGAAUGACGAACUGUAGUUCUUUUAUGAAUAUUUAGAAUUUGUGGGCGGUGUGUCCUCACCAUGUGGUACACGAUGGAAAAACAAUACGAUGACUUUCUCACCACGAGGCCUGGGAACUGGUCGACUAUUUACUGAAGUCUGAGGGACAUGAAAAUAACGAGACAAUGAAUGAUAAACUGUUGUUCUUUUAUGAAUAUUGGGAAUUUGUGGGCGGUGUAUCCUCGCCAUGUGGUACACGGUGGACAAACAAUACGAAGAGCUACCCCACCACAAGGCCAGGGAACUGGUCGACUCCUUACUGAAGCACGAGGGAA